AGAUCCUUCAAUUGGAUGCGUGCAUAGUCUCUUGCAGUCACUUCCUCUGAAACAAUUUGUGACUGCAUGUGAUUUUUUCAGCUUGUCUUGUGAGUUUCGCGUCGCGAAGCAUAUGUGUUGCAGUCCAGCUGCGCCUAGUGAGCAGUUCAGAGCUAGACGAGCACCACCGUCGUGUUUUUCCUUUCUGUCUAGAUUCACGUGAUGAGUUUUCUCUAACUUAGUCCGCGUUUCAAAACGCAUCGCAAGCUUGGGAGAAAUUUACUCCAAGUUGUCUUGGUCGCAAUAGAAGUCUUCCAUGACCCCAUCACUCUAUCAACAACCCAUAACUCCAUUCUUCGCAAACAUCCAAAGGUCGAAGGGAAGGUGCCAUCGACGCUUGGCCGCUUCAGUCGCGAGAGAGACAGUGAGCUCUCUGAAGGUUUCUUGACCUAGAACGGCACGUGGAUGGAUGCUGGUUACUACUUACACUGCAUCGCCAUCCAGAUGGCGAAUUCCAGCACCGAAUUCCAGGCACUGAGCACACUUGGAACACCACCAUAUCAUCCCGCUUGGACACCAAUUUCUGUCGGAGGUCGAAGUUUCUAUCGCACCUCCAGGGGCGUCGACAAUCGUGGGCAGCCCUACUGUAUCUGCUGUGUCGCCGACAGGUCUCCAAGUUUAUUCCCAUGCUCGUCAAGGAGCAGCUGCUAUAAUUGGACUACAGAUUCUCCAGCUGCUGUAAUUGGACUACGGAUUCUCCAGCUGCUGGAGUGGACGAUAAGGCCAGAUUGUUGCAGCUUGGUCUCGCGGUUAGGCCGAGGAAUGGGGAUGCGAUCCCGGGAAGACAGGCGGCGGAACGACGUGGGAGGUCAAUUGUCGCGGUCGCGGUCGCUGGCUGGCCGGGGACGAGAGCAGAAUGGGUGACCGUGGCUCCGCCUCAAGAGUGUUAACUUGCUCACAGUUUCCACUUGUUUCGAUUCACAACUCGGGAGGUUAAUGGCGAUUGUUGACGAUCGUUUGUUAACUAAGUUCGUGUUAUUUUGAACCUGGUCCUUCUCCUCUUUGGUAUUCCUCCACCGCCAGGUUGUUGUAAUACAGUCACUCAAGCCACGUCGCAGUUGUGGCGUUGGUUUGUUUUAGGCUCUGUACUUGUGCGAGUUGCCUUUGUGAGAGGGUCGGUGAUCUCUUGAAGGUUGAUUCGUUGAUACCUAAGAUUUUUUGUUCGAAGGUGAAUUGAUGGUCGUACGCGAUGGCGGUAGAUUUUAAAUCAUUGACGGAAGCGACCUCGGGUGCUGUUGGGGGGCUUCUUAGUACUACUCUUCUCUACCCGUUGGACACUUGCAAAUCCAAGUAUCAAGCCGAAGCUAAAGCUGGCGUGGCACGGAAAUACAAAUCUCUCUUCGAUGUAUUCUGGGAAUCGGUGAGAGCUGGCAAGGUUUUGUCAUUGUACCAAGGCCUUGGCACGAAGAAUUUGCAAUCCGUCAUUUCGCAAUUCAUCUAUUUUUAUAGCUACAGCCUUUUCAAGCAAUGGUACUUAGCCAAGGCUAAAGUAUCAAAAAUGGGUACCGGAACUAAUCUACUUGUAGCUGCAGCAGCUGGCACAUGCACUGCAGUAUUGACUCAGCCUCUUGAUACUGCAUCAACAAGGAUGCAGACGAGCGCAUUUGGAAAGUCGAAGGGUUUGUGGGCAACAUUGACGGAGGGUAGUUGGUCUGAGGCCUACACUGGCUUUGGAGCAUCACUUGUCCUUGUUUCUAAUCCUGCAAUUCAGUACACAGUAUUUGAGCAACUGAAGGAUUUCUUACUGCGACCUACCGUAGUUGUAGAGGCUGUGGACACAGACAAGAAAAUCCGGAGGAUAUCUCCCAAAGUAUUAACAGCCUUUCAAGCAUUCCUGGUUGGUGCAUUGUCAAAGACUACUGCUACUAUUCUCACAUACCCAGCCAUCAGGGCAAAGAUUAUGCUUCAAGCAGCCGAAUCUGAGGAAGACAAGGCAAUUCGCUUGAACGGUGGAGAAAACCCUAAUGUGAGGAAGCGUGCCAGAAAUAUGUUGGAAGCUUUUCAGCAGAUAGGACAAGAAGAAGGGGUGAGAGGCUAUUUCAAGGGACUACAUGCGCAGAUUGUCAAGACUGUUUUAUCUGCUGCUCUCAUGCUCAUGAUCAAAGAGAAAGUGAACGGUAGUACAUGGUUAAUCAUGACAGCUCUACAGAGGUGGUUGCUUGCCAGUGACAAUAAGUUAAAGACUGUCACUCUGCCUCCUUCUGUUAUUGCUCCCAUUGGUAUGGUUGGCAUUGCUCUUGCUUCCAAGGCUGCCAAGUAGAAGAAACACACUCUGUUGAUAGAAGAAAAAGCUGUUCUUGUUCACUUAGCUGCCAUUCUAUUUAUCCAUUAAUUCUAUUUUCUAUUUGAUUACUAGUUUUGUAGAGUAUAUAAGUUUUGAACUUAAAGUUUACUUGUUCUCAUUCUCGUUUGUUUUGGAAGAUGAUUAAUUUAGUUUUGGAAUUAGAGUUAUUUUGAUAUUGUUUUAGUAUUC